AUGGACAUAACGGGUUACCAGGCCGCGACGGACGAGAUGGUGCUAAAGGUGAAAGGGGUGCGGCAGGUCCCUCUGGAUCACGUGGUAUGAAGGGAGAAAUGGGACCAAGUGGAACAGACACUGAUCACAGGAACUGGAAACAAUGUGCGAGGAAGAACAACGACGGCCGUGACAUUGGACUGAUCAAGGCUGGUUGCUUUUAAAAUUACUGCGAUUACUGGCCAUAGUCAAAUAUGUUUUUUUUAGAUACUAAGGUUGUGCAUUUACACAGGAUGGCAUAUUCUUGAAAGUUGCUGAUUCACUGGGUUUUUUAUUUGUUCUUGCAGGAUUGUCAGUUCAUUAAAACCAAGGAUGACACUGCCCUCCUAGUUGUUUACCAGGGAAACCUCUAUUUGGGAGGUUGUAACAACUGCUAUAAGCGAUGGUUCAUCACUUUCAAUAGCGCCGAGUGCAGUGGUCCCUUGCCUAUUGACGCGGUGCUGUGGAUCCCAAAUACUGGUGAAAACAACCACAGACCCGGGUUCAUUGAGGGCUACUGUAACAACAUACACAAGGGCAAAAUCCGAGUUGGAAUCAACAUUGGAAACUGUGCAGGAUAUGGAAACUCCAAUGGUUACACAGGCUGGAAUUCAGUGUCCCGUUUGAUCAUUGAAGAAGUUCCUCGCUCCCAGUAA